CAAUGUAUUUGGUGUUAUAGAUAAGGAUUUAAAGUAGGGGAUGCCAAAUGGCAAAACCUAAACCAUGUAUGUGUUUCUGAUAUAAUGAUAAAAUUGAAGUUUAAUUGUGAAGUGAAGAGGAAGUGAUGGCUAUUGAUUGCAAAUUUGUUCCAUACUUGACCCCUAAACAGAUCGUGUUCCCAUUCCCUGCAACUGAAAAAGUUACCAAAUUCAAGCUCUCACCUGCCUGCUGCUUUCCUUUUUUAAUAUCUUCAUAUUCAUCUUCACUUCCGUUGCGGCCAACAGUCAUCUCUGCCUAUAAGAAAAAUGUGGUGGAGUCGAAUUAUUACGAGGAUACCUUCACAUUAACUUACUUAGAGGGGAAUAGCUGGUUGUGGGAAGUUGGAGGUAUCAAAAUUCUUGUUGAUCCAAUCUUGGUGGGUAACUUGGAUUUUGGAAUUCCUUGGUUAUAUGAUGCUGCCAAAAAAUUUGUCAAGAAUUUCCAGCUUGAUGACCUUCCACUAAUACACUGCUUACUCAUCACGCAAAGCCUUGAUGAUCAUUGUCAUCUCAACACAUUAAAGCCUCUCUCCCGCAAGUUCCCAAACCUCACUGUUAUAGCUACUCCAAAUGCUAAGACACUGCUCGAUCCUCUGUUCACCAAUGUCAUCUACUUGGAACCUGGACAGGAUUCCGCGAUUGAAGUGAGUAAUGGGUUCCAGGUUAAAAUUAAGGCUACGGCAGGGCCAGUUCUUGGACCUCCUUGGCAGCGACCUGAGAAUGGAUAUCUUGUCACUUCUCCAAAAGGUGCUCUUACUCUCUACUAUGAACCUCACUGUGUCUAUGACAAGAGCACCUUAGAGAAACACAGGGCAGAUAUUGUUAUCACUCCUGUCAUAAAGCAACUUCUACCAAAUUUUACAUUGGUUUCGGGACAAGAAGAUGCAGUUCAACUAGCAAAAUGCCUUUUUGCCAGGUUUGUUGUGCCGAUGAAGAAUGGUGACCUCGACAGCAAAGGGCUUCUCGCUAGUAUUGUAAAAUCUGAAGGAACAAUGGAAUCAUUCAAGCAACUUUUGUCAAAGGAACUACCAGAUGCAAAGGUAGUUGAACCUACUCCUGGAGAACCACUGGAUAUCUCAAUACCUGUACAUGGACAAUAAGAGGAUGUAUGUUUGUUUAUCUUCAAUUAUAUUUUUGUGAACUUAAAAAAGUAUCAAACACCUAAAAUAUAAGCCAAAUGCUAUUUAGGCGAUGAUCAAGAGUAUAUGUAUGUAAAUAAUAAGAGAUUUUUAUUUCAUAAACAAAACAGUAGACACACAUUUCAACUGGUGCA